CAGUGUCCUGGACCAUCCAGACUGGCUCACCCGCCUUGAUUCCCGGCUGCGGAACCAGGAAGAGGAGCUGACCCUGGUAAAGUCGGCCUUGGCGGACGCACUGCGGAGACUCAGCUUCUAUGACCAGCAGAUCCCUCUGCUCAGGAGACAGGUGCUUGAAGCAAACACCCUCACUUCAGGAACCAGAGAUGACCCUACAGUCCUGCCACAAGACUAUGGUGCCUUCUGGAUCCUACCUCCUGCCCUCUCCAAUGAUUCCAGUUCACCUGCCACCCAGCAGACAGGAGGCCGUACAGAGCUGCUGCCUGGAGCCAAAAGGAUGCAGGGGCUGAGGGUCACCGUUGGGACCCAGACGGAGGAGUCGGCUGUGCUGGUGCUGAGACAAGGACAAAGCCUGAUCAACGGGCAUGAUAGGGGAGAGCCGGUCCAACUCCCCACUGACAUGGGGGAAAGAGACUGCAUUGGUGGCCUGGCUAGCGGCGGUCAUCCCAACCCGAUUAAAAACUCCUUUGGAAUACAAGGUGCUGGUGUGGACCUGGGCUUUGCCUUGGAAGGGCAGAGUCUUCGGAAGGAACUCCAGACCCAAGGAGACAGUUGCUUCAUCCCCGAUGCUUGCUUCGAUGAAGUUGAAGACGUCGGAGGGUCUCCCUCUGAAGACAGCAUUGACAAAGUGCCAAGCGUGGGGCAGUCCCAACCCUCGGCGCAGCCACUGGGGCAGGAGAUGACAACAUUCCCCGGGUCUCCGUCGGAAGGGAGCAGCACCCCCGCCUCCCCGGUGCCAGCUGUUCAGAGCUUGAUGGCCAACAAGAAAGAACUGCUGCGAAGAAACAGCUCUUCUGACAAGCCCACCAAGACCAAGCAGCGCCUCACCAAAAAGGCCGCGUCCUCGGCAAACCUCUUCCGAAUCAAGGAUCCCAGUCUGAGUCCAGGGCCACUGAGCGCCCGAAGGACAAACUAUAACCAAGAAAGACAUUCCGUCAAGAUGUUCCUGCGUGGCCGGCCUAUCACCAUGUACAUCCCUUCCACUUUCUUGAACUAUGAUGACCUGCGCAUGGAACAGCCAUCCGAGAAGCUGCAGCUGGACUGGGUCUACGGUUACCGAGGCCGUGAUUGCCGUUCCAACCUCUAUGUGCUGGCCUCAGGAGAGCUGGUCUACUUCAUCGCCUGCGUGGUUGUCCUGUACCACGUGCAGAAUCGCACACAGCGACAUUAUCUAAACCACACAGACUGCGUACGCUGCCUAGCUGUGCAUCCGGACAAAGUUCGUGUUGCUUCGGGGCAGAUGGCUGGUGUGGACAAGGAUGGCAAGCCUCUGCAACCCUUUGUUCAUAUCUGGGACUCAUCCACCCUUCUCCCACUGCAGAAGAUUGGGUUGGGAAGCUUUGAGAGGGGGGUUGGUUCGCUUGCCUUCUCCACUGCGGACGAAGGAAUGUACCUGUGCGUGGUGGACGAGUCCAACGAACACAUGCUGUCCAUUUGGGACUGUUCCCGUGCUAACAAGCUAGCUGAAAUCAAGAGCACCAACGAAUCUGUCCUGACGGUGGAGUUCAACCCGCAAGACAGCAGCAACAUCAUCACCACCGGGAAAUCCCACGUCUAUUUCUGGACCUGGAGUGGAGGCAGCUUGACGAAGAAACAGGGCAUCUUUGGGAAAUACAAGAAGCCCAAGUUCAUCCAGUGCUUCGUGUUCGACACCAACAGUGAUGUCCUCACCGGCGACUCUGAGGGCAACAUCCUGACAUGGGCCAGGGUGGCAGCUGAUAUCCGAACACUGGGCAAGGGAGCGAAAGAGACGUACCAAAUCAGCAAGCAAACGCGGGCCCACGAGGGCAGCAUCUUCUCCCUCUGCCUGUGCCGUGAUGGCACCGUGCUCAGUGGCGGAGGCAAGGACCGGCGUGUUGUCCAGUGGAGUCCCAGCCUCGCCCUGCUCCAAGAAGUGGAGAUCCCUGAACAAUUUGGUGCUGUGCGUACCAUCGCUGAGGGCGACGGCGGGGAGCUGCUAGUAGGAACCACGCGCAACGCCCUGCUGCGAGGGAGCUUUACGGAUGGCUUCCGACCCAUUAUCCAGGGGCACACAGAUGAACUGUGGGGGCUGGGUACUCACCCUUCGCGAGACCUUUUUGUCACCUGCGGCCACGACAAGCAGCUCUGCAUGUGGGAUGGUGGGGAGCACACGCUCGCUUGGAGUGUCACGUUAGAGGAAACGGGGCUCUGUGCCGACUUCCAUCCCAGCGGGAAAGUGGUCACUGUGGGGCUGAACAGUGGACGCCUGCAAGGCGGACUGGAAAGAGAUGAGGCCAGAACAGGACACUCCAGUUUCAUCACACAUCUGGACUGGUCCAAGGAUGGAAAAUUCAUUAUGUCCAAUUCUGGGGACUACGAAAUCCUGUAUUGGGACGUGGCCGGGGGUUGCAAACUGCUGAGGAAUCGCUUUGAGAAUAAGGACCGUGAGUGGGCCUCCUACACCUGCGUGCUUGGCUUCCAUGUUUUUGGUGUGUGGCCUGUCGGCUCAGAUGGCACCGACAUCAACUCACUUUGCCGAUCCCACAACGAGCGGGUAGUGGCCGUAGCAGAUGAUUUUUGCAAAGUCCAUCUCUUCCAGUAUCCCUGUGCUAAGCCCAAGGCACCAAGCCAUGAAUACGGGGGGCACGGGAGCCACGUCACCAACGUGCGCUUCACACACAAUGAUGGCUACCUCAUCUCCAUGGGUGGCAAGGACACCAGCAUCUUCCAGUGGCGAGUGCUGGGCGGGAGCCUUCCUCGCAGCCGUUCCCUCUCUUCCGCCUCCGUCUCCUCCCAGGAUGCUGGGGCCAGCACCUGACGCCGAAGGGCGGGGGACAAGUACAGUGACUUCAGUCUUGGCGUGAAGGGAUGACGGGGGAAGUGGCCUCCCAUCCCAUGAUUGAUUCCUUGGGAUUCAGGUUCUCAAACAGAGCCAUGGGAGGUUGGGAGUCUCUUUCCCCUCCCAACACGAUGUACUCGGGCUAACAAAUGAGAUUUGCUUUAUUAACAUAGGGGUGAAGUGGGGGGGAGUUGCCAGAGGGA